GAUACGGAGAGAUAAAGAUAGAUAGAUAGAUAGAGAGAGCGAGACUGACGUUGUCUAAACGGUGCUGUGUCGGUGUGUUAGACCAGACAGAUACAAACUUUUUCUAAAAACAAACUUUCUAGUUGUGUCUAACAUAAGACAAGCAGUGACUAUGGAAGGUAAUGUUCGAGUCCCACGUCGUUUAAAACGUUACUUCAGCUCCAUGUGCCUGGUCAGUGUCUUCCUGAUGGUGCUUGUGGGACCAGGGGCCAUCAUAACAGUUCUCGGUCAAACCAUGUCCUUUUUUAAUCUUACAAACUUGCUUGGGUCGUUCGGCAGUUUGAUCGAAUCUUUGGCCGGUUUCGGCAAGGGUGGAAGUUGUACCUUUAAAUGUCCCGAUGGAAGUAAACCACGACCCAAUCCUGUCCAUGCUUCCACUACUGAUGGUUGCGGUGCAUUUGGUUUUCAGAUCCAUUCACAGCUCUUCCCUGCUGUCACCACAUGCUGUGAGACACACGACUUCUGCUAUGAUAUGUGUAACAGCAACAAGAGUGUCUGUGACUCACAGUUCCAAGACUGCCUCAAGAUGAUAUGUAAAAACAUACACAAAGCCACAGGUGGUACAGAGUUAUAUGAAGGUUGUAUCAGCAUAGCUGCCCUGGCAUACAAGACAACAGUGGCAGUUGGAUGUAAGACUUUCCAACAGUCACAGAGCAAUGCCUGCAUCUGUGGUGGUGGUCCUCCUCAUGAUGAUGUCCAUGGAGACAGCAGUGGUGAAGGUGGUGGUGGUAGCAGUAGUGGUGAAGGUGGUGGUGAUAGCAGCAGUGGUGAAGGUGGUGGUGGUGGUGGUAGCAGUGGUGAAGGUAGUGGUGGCGUUGGAGGUGGGGGAGGUGGUGGGAGUUCAUCUUCCCAGUUUCAUCACACUUCCAAGAAAACUUUUGGUACAAAGUCUCGCCCUUCGGGAGACUCUGCCCCUCCUGGUUCUGAAUCAUCAGACGAGACAUUCAAGCAAGCAUCAUCGUCAUCACAAUCGCCACCGGACCAAAAAGACAACAGCAACAAUGGUGAUUUCGGCAGUAAAACAGCAAAGGGAGGAAUGGGUAAUACUCGACAUGAGAACGAUAUGAAGGGACACAAGGUGUACAACCAUGCAGAUAUUGUACGAGCCAACAUGCCACCGGGAUCACCAUCAUCACCAUCAUCAUCAUCACAAAAUGGACACAGCACACGAGACAAUGUCGCUGGCUCAAAGGAUGAUGUCAAGCAAAAUCGACGAGACAAGACGAAAGGGUCGAAAAAUAACUUGCGACGUGGAAAAGAUGACGAUGACAACGACGAUGACGACGAUGAUGAUGAUGAUGAUAAUAAAUAUAGAAGUAAUGUUGGGGGUAAGAAAGGGUAUGGUAAGAAACAUAACAAACCCAAGGGGACACGGCAGAGAGAUGAGUUUUAAGGAGUUUAGGGUGUCAUGAAUUGGACUUUGUAUUUUUGUAUAUAUUAAUUUAAUAAUUAUUUUAUGUAUGUGUGUGUGUGUAUAUAUAUAUAUAUAUAUAUAUAUAUAUAUAUAUAUAUAUAUAUGCACACACACACACACAUUUACAUACAUGCACACACAUACAUACAUAUACAAACAUAUAUAUACAUAGAAAUAUAUGUUCAAUAUCUAUACAUAUAUAUAUACACACACACACAAAUGUACAUACAUAUGUAUAUGUAUGCAUACGCUUAUAUAUAUAUAUAUAUAUAUAUAAUGCACAUGCACACACACACACACACACACACACACACAUAUGUAUUAGACAGUAUGGCAGAAAGCAACAUUGAUAUCUUGAUAUUUCAAUAUGCUCAUCCCUACAGCUGUUUUGAUAAGUGUUACGUUACUAUAUCACUCUUUCUCACUUACCACCUUAUUUCAAACACAAAAUCUUGAUUUACAAAAACUCUAAACUUUCACAUAGUGUUUACAUCUUGUCAUACCAUAAUAAUAUGCUUACAUAAACACAGGUAUGUAUAUAUGUGUGCAUUGCCCCUUUCAGUCAGUCUACUAUCCUGGAUAAUAUUUAACAUAUUCCAUUAUUGUUAUCUUCCAUUGACUCAUUUAUGCUUUGAUCUUUCUGCUGAUUGGUUCUGUGCAGAUGUCUUUUUGUCAUUUUGCCCAUUCAAAUACAUAAUGUAUGUGUAUC